AUGCGGAUAUUCCCAACAAAGGCCAUCCGUCUCAUCGGCAUUGGCACAAUUAUAUUCAUGAUUCUGAUGACAAUAUCCGGCGAGCUGCCUCUGAUUCUCCAAUGCAACCCUGUUAGAGCGGCCUACGAUCCGCCGAAAGAUGGGAAUUACAAGUGUUUUACACCCAAGACAUUGAUGAACAUCCAGCUUUACCAGGCGAUUCUCAUGUUCUUGGUAGAUGUGGUGAUUAUUGUCAUGCCGAUGCCCACGAUCUGGAAGCUCCAGAUGCCCGUGCAGCGUCGGCUGGUUAUUAUGGGAUUGUUCGCGCUUGGCUUCAUUGCAUGUGCCGCCGGUUUGGCACGUAUCCCCCUCCUAGGCUACCAGGAGAAUACGGAGGACUUUACCAGCGCUGGUGCUAUCCCCCUUAUCCUAAUGAACACCGAAUAUGCCCUCGGCCUGAUAACUGGAUCCCUUCCGUCGCUACGGAUCCUAUUCAAGUUCAUCCCUGGGUUAAACAGUAGCAGAAAGACCAGCAAGAACAGCCGGUCUCGCAGUCGCGAGUGGACUGGCGGCCUGGGUAACUCUGGGGGAUACCAAUUGAGUACCGGUAACCAGAGUCGGUGGAGCAAAAGAGUUCUUCCUGGGAGGGCGGCCGACGGUGAUAGUGUAGCCAGCGAAAGCGAGCAGAGGAUCUUUACACCAUCCAAAUCCUGA